AGCGCGAGGGGCGAUGGGGGAGAAUAAAAGUGGGGCGGGGAGGCGGUGGUCAAUAAAUGGAAAGAAAUGAGCUGCUCGCGAGGCCCGAAGCGGGUGAAGCGCUAUGAAUUCUGAGCACUACCAUGAUAGGAUCGCAAGGACGAAUCCGAUCGAAGUAGGAGAAGCUGCCUUCCCUCACUCUGAGGAGGAAGAAGAGGAACAUCGAAGAAGCACAAAUUUAACAGAUCAUUACAAGUGAAAAGCACGAAUUGAUGGACUUCACCUUCUUUUGAAUCCUCCUCCUCCUCCUCCUCACUGUUGUCAGUCCACAUCAGAUUGUGCAUUCAUAGCUUUGGGAGAGGAAUAGAUUAGCUUAAACUUGUCCCCGGUGCGGGGGUGGGAAUUUGGUGCGCGUCAAAGACAUGCUAGAGAAGGAGUCCUUUUUUAUCUCGAGAGCAUUGCCGAGCUCCUGCGAGCAAGAAUCCAAAUUGGCUUACAUGACCUAUCAUCUCCUUGAGAUCACUACCAACAAACGCCCUCCACUUGUGGAACCUUUGGAGCUCUGUGAAGCUGCUUCAGUAAAGAAGGCUAAAUCCGAAGAUCACUCGGAGCCUCCGUUGCAGGAAAUAGCAAAAUUACCUCUUGAUGAAUCCAGUUAUGAUGCCCAUUACUCCGAUACAAACUCUCUCAUCGUCCAAAUUGGCCGUGACAUGUCUAUAAAGUGUCUCCUUCACUGCUCUCGGUCAGACUAUGGUGCCCUUGCAUCCCUGAACCGAGCUUUUAAUUCCUUGAUCCGGUCCGGUGAUCUCUACAAGCUACGGCGACAGAUGGGGAUCAUCGAGCACUGGGUAUACUUCUCCUGCAAUAUACUCGAGUGGGAAGCAUAUGAUCCCUAUCGCGGACGCUGGAUUACCCUCCCAAAAAUGCCACAGAAUGAUUUCUUCAUGCGCUCUGAUAAGGAAUCAUUGGCUGUGGGCACUGAGCUCCUUGUUUUCGGAAGGGACUAUACCUGUUGUAUUUCCCAUAUAGUACUGAGGUAUAGCAUUCUGACAAAUUCUUGGUCCCAAGGUAUUGAAAUGAACUCCCCUAGGUGCUUAUUUGGAUCAGCCAGCUUUGGGGAGAGAGCUAUCGUAGCUGGUGGCGUAGAUGCACAAGGUGCUAUAUUGAGGUCCGCGGAGCUUUACAAUUCUGAGACACAAACAUGGACAAUUCUCCGUAGCAUGAAUAAACCAAGGAAGAUGUGCUCAGGUGUCUUUAUGGACAACAAGUUCUAUGUGAUCGGCGGAAUGUCUAGCACUACAGAAUUGCUGACGUGUGGGGAAGAAUAUGAUAUGGAGAAACAUACCUGGACGGUCAUUCCAAAUAUGUCCCUAGGACUCAAUGGUCCAAGUGGUGCACCUCCGCUGGUUGCAGUAGUUAAUAACGAGCUAUAUGCAGCUGAUUAUGCAGAAAAAGAGGUUAGAAAAUAUGACAAGAAGAAUAACUCUUGGAUCACUUUGGGAAGGCUGCCUGAGAGACCAGAUUCAGUGAAUGGUUGGGGCCUAGCUUUUCGGGCUUGUGGUGAACGACUCUUGGUGAUUGGCGGACCGAGGGUGCUUGGAGGAGGGAUGAUUGAAUUAAAUUCAUGGACUCCGAGAAAUGGGCCUCCAGAAUGGAACAUGAUUGCCAGCAAGCAUUGUGGGAGCUUUGUGUAUAAUUGCGCUGUGAUGGGCUGCUGAGAUUUGUCUGAAGAAUUGUUGCAUGCCUUUUGGAAGAGGAUGUGGAAGAUUGAUUGGUUGAAGGGCAUAAAACACUGAUUCGACCAGGGUAAUCUCUGCCUUUUUGAAAUUUCAGAUUUUACUCGGGAUUUGACGGAACACUCUCUUCUAAGUAACACUUGAGAUUUAUCCUCUCUCUUUUAUCUUCUAGCCCUGCCCUGAUCUAAAUUAAGACAAAACAUUUUAACUUCUUCCAAAAUGCCUAUUCGCAUGAGAGUGCUCACGUGGGUCAUGCAGUACAAUUACAUAUAAUAAUUUGAUGUAGCUGCAUGUUCCUCUGUUUAUUAGCUUUACAGUGUACUAUUCUGCCAUUUCAUUCUUGUUGCCACUAUCUCAAGGAAAUAAAAUUGGUCAUCAGUUCUUGUAUUC